AUGGCAGACAAUCUAGCGGAAGCCCUGCACAGGCUUCACCUGGCUAGCAACACGGGGUCAGCGGCAACCGAGGGUGAAAAUACCGACAACAUUCUCUCACAGCAAGCUCCUCGCUCCAGCCGCAGACAGGACCCCGCGGCGCUCAAGACCGAGCUCGAGAAGAAAUACCUAUCGCCCUCGACUGCCUUCUCCACCGAAUGGCUCAAUCGACUGCAGCAACGUUGGGAUUGCCCUGUCGAUUACACCGAGCUCUUCAAGGUAGCGCCGACCCAAACCCGGACCGUGACACGCUUCUUGCGACAAGGCCUUGAGGGAAGAGUCACCGGCUACAAAAACGUCACAGUUCCUGCGAAUAGUGCUACCGCCAAGAACUCGACAUCCUUUCUGCGCAAACCUGCUUCCCGAGCUGAUUUCGUGCGAGGAGCUGCCGGUUUCUUCCCGUUCGCGCCUGGAGGACUGGAAGGUAUUGAGGCCACCGCGGCGCUAGAGGACCAAGUACUCAGGGGAACCGGUGAUGAUGGUGGCGGCUCGGCCAACAAACUCGAGAGGGUCAUCAGACUCGGUGCCGAGGGAGGCCUGCUUGAGGUCGCGCCUGGUCUGUCAAGGGGCAUAGACUUUUCCAAGAAGAAGAGCAAGGCUAGCGAAGACGAGGCAAAGGCGAUCGAGGAAGAGCUUGAUCAGGAGCCCGAGCAGCUACCGGAACGUGCCGAGACCGACCAUGCGGCCUUGGAAGAUGGGACCGAUGAGUCGGAGGCCGAAGACGAGGAUGAAGACAUUGAUGCCAUAUUGCCCGUUGAGUUUCCAGCCCUGGAGCCACAUGGAGCCCUUGCUGCUUCCAGUGCUAGGAAAGCUGGCCGCGAGUGGGCUCACAUGGUCGACAUUAAGCGGGAGAUACCCAAUUUCGACGAGCUGGUACCAAACCCAGCCAGGGAAUGGCCUUUUGAGCUGGACAUUUUUCAAAAAGAAGCCAUCUACCAUCUUGAGAGCGGUGACUCUGUAUUUGUGGCAGCUCACACGUCUGCUGGAAAAACUGUCGUGGCCGAGUAUGCCAUUGCAUUAGCUGCAAAGCAUAUGACCAAGGCAAUCUACACCUCGCCAAUCAAGGCGCUGAGCAAUCAGAAGUUCCGCGACUUCCGGCAGACUUUCGAGGAUGUUGGUAUUCUUACCGGAGAUGUUCAGAUCAAUCCUGAGGCCAGCUGUCUAAUCAUGACCACUGAGAUCUUGCGAAGCAUGCUGUACAGAGGGGCGGAUCUUAUUCGAGACGUGGAGUUUGUCAUUUUUGAUGAGGUCCACUAUGUCAACGACUUCGAACGAGGAGUUGUGUGGGAGGAGGUCAUCAUUAUGCUGCCCGAUUAUGUGUCCCUCAUUUUGCUGUCUGCGACGGUGCCAAAUACUCACGAGUUCGCCUCAUGGGUUGGCCGGACGAAGCAGAAGGAUAUUUAUGUCAUUUCAACGCCAAAACGACCAGUUCCCUUGGAACAUUACCUCUGGGCGAACAAGAACAUCUACAAGAUCGUAGACUCCGGAAAGAAGUUCAUAGAGAAGGGCUGGAAGGAGGCCAACAACGCGCUGCAAGGGAGAGAAAAGACAAAAGCUCCAGAGGCAGCCGCCAAUACUCGAGGAGGAGGCAAUCAGCGUGGUGGGCAACGAGGAAAUAAUCAACGAGGCGGCCAACAAAGAGGAGGUGGCGGUCGAGGUGGAGGACAGCAAAGAGGCAGGGGCGGCCCUCCUCGCGCAAGUCAUAACCCAGGCCAUAUGGGCCGUGUUGGUCGGCCUGGUGGCUUUACUUCAGCAGCCCAAGACAAGAAUCUGUGGGUGCACUUGGUGCAAUAUCUCAAGAAGUCCAGCCUUCUUCCGGCCUGUAUCUUUGUAUUCUCAAAGAAGCGUGUCGAAGAAAAUGCCGAUGCCUUGAGCAACCAGGACUUUUGUACCAGCAGCGAGAAGAGUGCCAUCCACAUGGUCAUCGAGAAGUCGGUGGCACGACUCAAGCCAGAAGAUCGGGCUCUGCCACAGAUUAUUAGGCUGAGGGAGCUCUUGUCGCGCGGCAUCGCUGUCCAUCAUGGUGGCCUGCUUCCCAUUGUCAAAGAGCUAGUAGAGAUCCUCUUCGCUCAGACGCUUGUGAAGGUUCUGUUUGCUACAGAGACCUUUGCAAUGGGCCUGAACUUGCCCACUAGAACGGUUGUGUUUUCUGGGUAUAGAAAGCAUGAUGGACAUUCCUUCCGGGAUCUCCUACCAGGUGAAUACACUCAGAUGGCCGGACGAGCUGGUCGCCGUGGCCUUGAUACUGUUGGGUCUGUUAUCAUUGUGCCGCCAGGCGGAGACGAGGCGCCACCUGUCGUAGAUCUACAGAAGAUGAUAUUAGGGGAGCCUUCGAAGCUCCGAUCACAGUUCCGUCUGACAUACAACAUGAUUCUCAACCUAUUGAGAGUUGAAGCUCUCAAGAUUGAGGAAAUGAUCAAGCGCAGCUUUUCAGAACAUGCUACACAGCAAUUGUUGCCUGAGCAUGAAAAGGCUGUAAAAGUAUCCGAAGCCGAUCUCGCAAAAAUUAAACGAGAUUCGUGUGAGAUUUGCGAUGUCCACAUGGACGAAUGCCACCAGGCUUCGCAAGACUACAAACAACUGACAGAAGAGCUCUACAAGGGCUUGUUGAACAACCCUAUUGGCCGAAAGAUGUUUACACCUGGCAGACUUAUUGUUUACAACAAAGACGGUGUGCGAACAUCUGGCGUCCUCUUGGCUGAGGGAGUGAGUGUCAAGGGGACAGCGACCACUGGCCCGACCGUGCAUGUCCUUGAGAUCAGGACACAGAGGGAGACUCGUGACUCGACAGAUCUGCUUCCGUUCGUGCCUACGUUCCGCGGACUUCUGACUCCACUUCCUCAAGCAAAGAAGCAUAUCCACGUGAAGACUCUUCAUGUACCUUUGGCGGAUAUUGAGUUGUUGACGACACACCUAACGAAGGGUGUCCUACCGGACAUCUUCCAGGGUGGCGACUCUCAUCAGAAAGCAAAAGAAAAAUUGCAUACCAUUUGCAAAUCUUGGACUGCUGAUAUCUGGGACGAGAUGGACCUGAGCAAGAUAAAGAGCCUCCAAUUACAGGAAAUCAUUGGCAAGCGCAAACAAGCAGAGAUUACGGCCUCUAGUUCCGAGGCUGUAUCGUGCAAGCAUUUCAUCAAGCACUUUGCUAUGUGUCAUGACCAAUGGCUCAUUAAGGAGCACAUCACUCAGCUACGCCAGUCUCUGUCCGACCAGAACCUGCAGCUUUUGCCUGACUACGAGCAACGAAUCGAGGUUCUAAAGGACUUGGGUUUCAUUGACGAGAGCUCACGUAUACAGCUUAAAGGCAAAGUUGCCUGCGAGAUCCAUUCAGGAGAUGAGCUUGUCUUGACGGAACUCAUCCUCGACAAUGUCCUCGCUGACUACGAACCCGCCGAGAUUGCUGCGCUCCUUUCGGCCUUCGUUUUCCAGGAGAAGACCGAUUCGGUGCCCAAUUUGACAGGCAAUCUCCAGCGAGGUAUGGGAACGAUCAUCGAGAUCAGUGAGAAGGUGAACGAGGUGCAGACAAGACACCAGGUGAUUCAGUCCUCUGAGGAAUCGAACGAUUUUGUGUCGCGGCCACGGUUCGGUCUUAUGGAAGUGGUCUACGAAUGGGCACGUGGCAUGUCGUUCAAGAACAUCACCGAUCUGACUGAUGUGCUGGAGGGCACAAUUGUGCGGACUAUCACCCGCUUGGACGAGACGUGCCGUGAGGUGAAGAACGCGGCAAGGAUCAUUGGCGAUCCGGAGCUGUACCAGAAGAUGCAGACGGCGCAGGAGAUGAUCAAGAGAGACAUCACCGCUGUUGCUAGUCUCUACAUGUAG